AGAGAUCUAUCGAAAACAGAAAAAAAAAAAAAAAAGGAAAAAACGGAAAAUAUAUAUUUUCCCACGCUUCCAAUAAGAAAAAAAAAAACGAGACCAGCUCUCCUUUCUCCGAUCUGAUCGGACCUCCCGCCUACUUUUCUUAUUUUUUGUUUCAAUCUUUUCGUUUCAUUUUGGGGUUUUUUUUUUUUUGGUUUACUUUCAAAAUUUCAAAUUCACCUUACCGUUACCAAUUCUUUCGUAUUUUUUCUCGCUCAUUUAUCGAAUUUCGUGUCUAGUGAUCUGCUUGGAAUCUUUAUUCUUGGGGGUGAUUUUCUUCCUGGAAUCUUUGUCGGUGAACUCGAGAAUUUGUUAAUUUCAGUUUUUGUUUUUGGUUUUUUUUUUCAAUUGGCAUUUCUUUUGUGAAUUAUUGGGGGUGAGAAUUGGGGUUAGAAUCGUUAGAUUGGCGAGAUUUUGACGGGGUUUUUGGGAAAUGGCGUCGGCUCAGGUCUUGCCUAGUUCGCGGAAACAAGAACAUUUAGAAGCUGGGAAGCGUCGGCUUGAGGAAUUUCGUAAGAAAAAAGCAGCUGAGAGAGCCAAGAAAGCAGCAUCUACCACCCAAAAUCAUGCUUCCGAUGUUAGCUUAAAUGAUAAACAGCAAUUAGAAACUGAACAUGUGCAAGUCACUGACUCAGAUGGUGCUGGUACAUCUGAUGGAGCCGAUCCCUCUUCCGUAAAAAUAAUUAACAACAACAACAGUAAAACAACUGAAGUUUCCUGUGAAAGUCAGCAAGUUUACUUGAGCAACAUGCAUUCUAUCCCAUCUUUUGUAGUGAAUGAUUAUAAUUCGUCUUCUAAAGAUAUGCAGAUGCAUGCAAAAAGUCAAGAAAAUGAGAAAUAUGGUGCUUCAUGGAAUGAUGGACCAUUGUUUAAUGAUAGCAUACAGACAGAACAUAUGAGUAAUGACUUUCAAGAACCCAAGUCAAAAGAAUAUGAUGGUUCUUUGAAGGUUUCUGCAGUUUUAAAUCCAAGUUCUUCUUCUGAAGAUUUUGUAACUAAAAUAUCUCCACAGAAUUCACAGCAAAGUAAGGCUAGUGAAGGCAGCUUGCCAGGUGGUGGUCAUUUCCUAUCUUCUUUCUAUGAAGACUCUGCUCAAUCUACCUCAGGUGCAAGAGGUUCUAUCCUUGAAGUUGGGCAGAAUGUACAAGGCAAUGCAGAAUUUAGGGAACCUAUGAUUUCUGAUUUUGGUGAAAGAAAAUUUAGUAGUUCAUCCAGUGGUUUUCCAAGUGUGCAUGUUCCACCCAUCCAAACAUCUGGACCUUCAGAGUUCAGUUUUGAUGCCAGAAGUUCCUCAAGUCAUGUGCCACAGUAUUCAGUUGCAAAUGAUACUAGUUCUAGGAGAUCUCGUCCAUCUUUCCUUGAUUCUCUAAAUGUAUCCAGAGCUUCUUCUGGGUCUCUUUUUCAACAUAAUCAACCUACAAAGGUAGCAUUUGCCUCCCAUAGUUCACAGUUUAACAGCAUCAAUGCCAUAGGAUCAUCCCCUUUUGAGAAACCAUCAAUAGAGAGUGAAAAUGUGGGAACUUUAUCCAAGCUUUGGUCCCCCGAUUUUCCUAUUGCCAGUGAGUAUUCUGAUCAUUCUUUAGCUCCUGCUAAUAAUAAUGGUGACCUCUUGAAGCUGAAUGUUGCUAAUGCGAAUAUCUUGGAGAAGAAGCCUGAGUUCUACUCAACCAAACAGAAUGAGGAUUUUGCAGCUUUGGAGCAGCAUAUUGAAGAUUUGACACAGGAAAAGUUUUCACUGCAACGAGCUCUUGAGGCCUCACGUACAUUAGCAGAAUCUUUGGCUGCUGAAAAUUCAUCUUUGACAGAUAGUUAUAAUCAACAGAGAAGUGUUGUCAACCAGCUAAAAUCUGACAUAGGGAACUUACAGGAAGAAAUCAAGGCCCAACUGGCAGAGCUUGAGUCUUUUAAAAUGGAAUAUGCAAAUGCACGACUGGAAUGUAAUGCAGCUGAUGAGCGUGCCAAUAUAUUGGCUUCGGAAGUCAUUGGUUUAGAAGAGAAGGCACUUAGAUUAAGGUCGAAUGAGCUAAAAUUGGAGAGGCAAUUGGAGAACUCACAGGCUGAAAUUUCUUCUUUCAAAAAGAAAAUGUCAAGCUUAGAGAAAGAGCGUCAGGAUUUUCAGUCAACUAUUGAAGCUCUUCAAGAAGAAAAGAAAGUACUCCAGUCCAAGCUACGAAAAGCUUCUGCCAGUGGAAAGUCCAUUGAUGUUGUCAAGAAUCCUACCAGUAAGAAGGAUAUGUCAACUUCAACAGAAGAUCUAGCAAGCGCGGACACUACUUCUGAUGACAGGGAACUAAAUAACAGCAAUGAUGCCUUUAGUUUGAGCUUGCUCCCUGAAGAUGGACAAUUUGAAGUUUCUUCUGUUUAUAUUCCUUCUGAUCAAAUGAGAAUGAUUCAGAACAUUAAUUCUCUAAUUUCUGAGUUAACAUUGGAGAAAGAAGAACUGACACAAGCUUUGUCAUCUGAGUUAUCUCAAAGUUCAAAGCUGAAGGAGUUGAACAACGAGUUAUCCAGGAAACUUGAAGCUCAAACUCAAAGAUUAGAGCUUCUGACAGCUCAAAGUCUGGCAAGUGAGCAUAUCCCAGCUAGACAACCCGAAUCUCGGAUAAUGCAUGAUAAUACUCCAUAUGCGGAUGAGGGUGAUGAGGUGGUGGAAAGGGUCUUAGGAUGGAUUAUGAAGCUCUUUCCUGGUGGGCCAUCGAGACGGAGAACCAACAAGCGUCUUUCAUAUUGAAUCCAUAUAUCUUGGCAUAUGCUUUUGUUCGGGUUUGCCUUCCCUUGUUUUGAUGAUGCGAGGGAGGUCGUGAUUUGUAUAUUUUGAGUCAAUGAUACAACCCAUUCUUUUUGAUAUCAGGAAAAUGAGUUUAUCUUGAUGGUUGUUACCAUUGGUUGGCAAAGUCUAAUUGCCAAUUAUUUGAGAAGGCAAUAAAGAAGCCCCUUGUUGAAGUCGAUUGGUUCUGGUUUUUGGGAUCAAAUUUUGAUGGGGCAAUCAGUCAAUGUUGAAAGGAACUAAGAGACAAUUGGUAUAGGAAAAGAAGCACGUAAGUUUGAAGUGUGCAUUUGUCGUAUUGGUUAAACAGAUCAACAAAUUUCGCUGCUUAAUCAUUAGAAUUUAAAACAGUUGAUUCUAUUCUGUUGUCUUGACUGUGUUUAGUCCAAGGCUUCUAGCCUUCGAUACAUAUCCUUAGGCCAUAAAAAAUGGCCUUUGGUGCAAUAUCUAUGUCUACUUUUCGGAAUUCCAUCAUUAAAAUUUCAUACCAAAUUUGAUUUGAUGUUGCUGUUCUUACUUUUAAAUAUAUAGCUGAU